AUGCGCGGCGUGUUAGGCCUGCAUGUUGUGCCUGGGGCGGAUGGCACCACGUUAGCUAGCAGGUGCGGCGCGAAUGCUUACUUCUUAGAGGGACACGCGGGAGAAGCCGCACGAAAUAGAGCAAUAACAGGUCUGUGCCCUUAGAUGUCCGGGGCCGCACGCGCGCUACAAUGGCGGUGUCAACGAGUCAGACCUUCUGGCCUGAAAAGGUUGGGCAAACUGGUCAAUCACCGUCAUGACAGGGAUCGGGGCUUGGAAUUGUUCCCCGUGAACGAGGAAUUCCUAGUAAGUGCAAGUCAUAAGCUUGCGCUGAUUACGUCCCUGCCCUUUGUACACACCGCCCGUCGCUACUACCGAUUGAAUGGUUUAGUAAGGUCCUUGGAUUGGUGCCAUUUAGGUUCCGCCGAAAGGUGCGUAUCUAGCCGGCGCCGAGAAGACGACCAAACUUGA